GUAAUAACGUCUUUAAAUACAUUUCAUCGUCUUCGACAUUGGUUAUCAGCUGAAGCCCGUAACAGAGGGAGGAGUCAGUCAAUUGGAUAUUUCCAAAUUGGCAACCACCAUUUUCUUCUUCGAUCAAUAUAGAACGAUAAUUCUAGAGUUAGUGUUCGCGGAAAUGGACGGUGAAUCUUGUUCUAGCGGUAAAUUCAAGCUCUACGAGCAGUUAGAAUUGCAGGAGUUUCAGGACAAGUUCGUGAUCAAAUCCGUCGAGGCUCCAGAUCAAGGCUUCUCCAUCGACCGCCGUGACGGGACCAUUGAACCACUUAAUGGUGAUUCUUCUUCUUCUUCUGCAAGACCAACCAAAACCUCUACGAUAUAUGGUGUGGCGGGAACCAUCAGAUUGCUUGCAGGAAAUUAUGUACUUGUAAUAACUUCGAGGACCGAAGUUGGGGCCUUUCUUGGCUUCCCUGUUUACCGAGUAACCUCUAUGAAGUUUCUGUCCUGCAAUGAGGUUUUGAAGAAUUCAACUCUUCAAGAGAAAAAGGAUGAAGCUUACUUCAUGGCUCUGUUGAAAACAGUCCAAUCAACUCCAGGGCUGUACUUUUCUUACCAAACAGAUAUUACAUUAAACUUUCAAAGAAGACGUAAGUUAAUGGAAGGAUGGAUGGCCAAACCAAUAUGGAAGCAGGCUGACCCUCGAUUUGUUUGGAACAGAAAUCUUUUGGACGAACUUAUUGAGUAUAAGCUUGAUGGGUUCAUUAUUCCUCUACUACAAGGAAGCUUCCAGGCUGCACAGCUUAAGCUAAAAGACUCACCUGCCACACUUACGAUAUUCUCAAGGAGAUGUACCCGACGUCUAGGCACAAGAAUGUGGAGAAGAGGAGCUAACCUUGAAGGAGAUGUAGCUAAUUUUAUUGAAACUGAGCAAUUGGUGGAGUGUGAAGGUUUCAGGUCCUCAUUAUUGCAGAUUCGAGGUUCAAUUCCACUUCUUUGGGAGCAAAUUGUUGACUUGAGCUAUAAACCACAACUUAAAGUUAUUGAUCAUGAGCAGAUGUCAAAUGUUGUGGAGCGCCAUUUCUUUGAUCUUUUCCAAAGAUAUGGAGAGAUAAUAGCUGUAGACCUAACUGAUAAACAUGGUGAUGAAGGUCAACUAAGCAUGGCAUUUUCUGCCGAAGCACAAAAUCUGCCAAAUGUGAGGUGACAAUUUGCACUUUUAUGUAUGUAAUUAUGUUGAUCCCCAACUGAGUCACUCUCCCACUUCAAGUAGAUUUCUUUUUUGUUAUUCUGUUAAAGAUUGCAGUUUACAUAUUCAA